UAUAAUAAUAAUAAUACCUGAAUCUCUUUGGUGUACUUACUGUUAUAUGAUAAAUCAUCAAUCUCAUUUCAAUUUAAAUGUAUUAGAACCAAUGUCUUCUCCUUCAUUCAAGAAAUCCUGUUUCUUGCAUUUAAUAUAAAGUGUAUAUGCUUUCUUUUUUUAAGUUACAGUGACAGUAUGUCAAAAAAACAACAGGUUUUUACAUUAAAAAUCAUGUUCAAAGAUGAGUCAAAAAAUGAGGAUUGUUUAAAUAUCAUGAGUGACUAUGAGGACCAAAUAAUAGAGUUGUACACAAAGGCAUAUGGUAAUGCAGAUAUGUUAGAUAGGCAUGGGGUUGUUUUGGGUGGAGAUAUGCUGACCAGGGAGAGGCUGCAAAAUGCCAAAAAUAUAAGACUGUUAGCAUUGACACCAAGGUGUCGCUUUCAACAUUUGGCUCCAGUGACAUGUGAACUGUGGCAUGUCAAGCAAGAUCUUUUGGCCAAAGCAUAUAAAGCGCUUUAUAAGCAAGAAUCCUUAGGACAGUGUGGGACUUUGUUCCAUUUGAAAACUGUUCUAAGGAGAAUGAAUGCAAAUGGCAAUGUGAAGUCUAACUACAAAGCACAUGAAGAGUUGCUGUUGCUGAUUGUUAAAGCGUUGAUUUGCAUAGUGGCAGAUGACCUACCUCACAGCUCAGAACAAAAUAGAGAUACUGUGCUGAGUCACAUAUUCUCCAAGAUUUACAGUUAA